AGGAAUUACAGCCCAGCAUGAUGAUCAUCGCCGUAUUUGUCGCCCUGACUCUCCUAGGUCAUCCGCAGAGCUCGGCCACCACGAUCAGCUCACCCUCCUACUGGAACAGUCUCCAGGCGUUGUCCCAGACAGUCGCCGCAUUGAGCAAUCAAAUAAGACGAGGAAAUGCCAUUUACACCCGUUGGGGUCGAUCCAGUUGCCCCUCAAGGAGCAGUCUCAUCUACGAAGGACUGGCUGCAGGGUCAUGGUACUCGGUAGCAGGUGGAGGAGCGAACUAUUUGUGCAUGCCCAGUGAUCCCGAAUGGUCCCAUGUGAAGCAUAGGACCCACGCCUGUGGUAGUUUUCUCUACGGGUCCGAAUAUCAGACGUGCAACAACGACAUCUUCUCAACAAGGAACGCUAAAGCGAACACCCUUGAACAUCAAGACGUGCCGUGUGCUGUGUGCCAGACGACAUCAAGGCAACAGCAACUUAUGAUUCCUGCCAGAAUGGUGUGCCCAGCAGGGUGGACACAAGAGUACCAAGGUUUCCUAAUGUCGGCUCACCCCUCACACCGCCGCACCCAGUACGUGUGCGUGGAUUCUGAACCGGAAGCACUUGCCCAUGGCCAGAGGGAUGAAAAUGGCGCUCUGUUCUACACGGUUAGGGUAAAGUGCGGCACUCUCCCUUGCCCCCCGUACACCGACGACGAGGAAAUACCUUGUGUUGUCUGCUCCAGAUAAGCAUGAUAUCUGAUCAACAUUUCAAAAAUUGAAACCUAAUCGUAAUCAAUUCGCUUCAUGAAAAUAAUAUUAAAGUGAAAUAAAAAAAAAAUAUAAAAAAAUUGCAUAUACCACUUAAUGGGCUACUCUGUCCAUACACCGGUACUUUUAAAAAUACCAAACCAACUAAAAUUUUCAUAUACCAGUUGAUACUAUGUGAAUGCACCGGUACUUAUCCACAAGUCUUUAGCCAAAAAAAGUCUACAUUGUCUGUAUUCAGAAAUACCAGAAAAGCCUUGUGUUGAGGAAAAUCUAGAACCUGCUCUUUUGUACCAGUUGUAUAACAAUAAACACUUCCGCAUGCA